UAUUUCUAAGCACUAUUUGACUGGUUAAGCAUUGACCGCUGGUCCCAACCCUAUUUAUACCUAGUGAAAUGUUUAUUUGAGUGUCAUUUGGCACUACACUAUCCAGCUACUAUACUCAUUUCUUCCAUCUAGGUUGUGAAUAAGGAUGGCUAAGCGUGUUGCUAUUAUUGGUGGAGGAACCUCAGGGCUGGCCUGCAUUAAAUGUUGCCUGGAUGAAGGUCUGGAGCCGGUGUGUUUUGAGAGCAGUGAUGACAUUGGAGGACUCUGGAGAUUUAAGGAAAAUCCGGAUCCAGAACGGGCCAGCAUUUACGAAUCUUUGAUCAUCAACACCUCUAAGGAGAUGAUGUGCUACAGUGAUUUUCCCAUUCCUGCCCACUUUCCAAACUACAUGCACCACUCUUUUAUCAUGGAAUACUUUCAAAUGUAUACUGAGCACUUCCAGCUUUCACCGCACAUUCGUUUCCAGACAAAAGUCCUUCAUGUCACACCAAGGCCUGACUUCCCUCACACUGGACAGUGGGAUGUAGAGACAGAGUCGAAGGAUGGAAAGAGGGAAAAGCAGGUGUUUGAUGCUGUGAUGGUCUGCACAGGUCACCACUGUCAUCCACAUCUCCCUCUACAGGACUUCCCAGGAAUAGACACAUUUAAGGGGAAGUAUUUUCACAGUCGUGACUACAAAACCCCUGAAGAAUGGCGAGGGAAGAGGGUCGUUGUGAUUGGCAUUGGGAACUCUGGUGGAGAUAUUGCUGUGGAGCUGAGCAGAAUGGCCAAACAGGUUUAUUUGAGUACCCGAAAGGGUUCUUGGAUACUAAAUCGCGUAGGAUACAAUGGUUUUCCUGGAGAUAUGUCAAGAGGCAGAGCGUAUUUGUGGCUUUAUAGAUCGCUGCCUGGAAUUUUCGUCAGUAGGAGAGAGAAACAACUCAAUCAAAGAUUCAACCACAAGAUGUAUGGACUGCAGCCUUCCCACAGAAUUUUCAGCCAACAUCCCAUGGCUAAUGAUGAUUUACCAAACCGUAUUCUCUCUGGUACCGUGUCGGUCAAGCCGAACGUGCGAGAGUUUCGUGGCUCAUGUGUGGUGUUUGAGGAUGGCACUAUCGAGGACGACAUCGAUCUGGUGGUGUUUUGCACGGGCUACACUUUCUCAUUCCCCUUCCUGUCUUCACACAUAAUACCCGUUUCAAAAAACAAGGUGUCCCUGUACAAAUAUAUGUAUCCACCAAAUCUGGAGCGCCCAACGCUAGCUGUGAUUGGUCUGAUUCAGCCUCUGGGAGCCAUUACGCCAAUCUCUGAGAUGCAAGCGCGCUGGGCCACACGCGUUUUUAAAGGACUCUGCAAGCUGCCUUCAAUGAAUGUAAUGCUGAAGGACAUUAAAGCAAAGGAGGAGGCAAUGGCUCGAAGGUAUGUGGCCGCACAGAGGCAUACCAUCCAAGUGGACUACAUCCCGUACAUGGAUGAACUUGCUAAACAAGUGGGUGUUAAUCCUCCCAUCCUGAAGUUGCUCCUGACAGACCCUAGAUUGGGUUUUAAAGUGCUGUUUGGGCCCGGCACUCCAUACCAGUUUCGGUUGUGUGGACCAGGCCAAUGGGAAGGUGCACGGCAGGCCAUCCUGACGCAGUGGGAUCGAGUCGCUCAGCCCCUGAAAACACGCAAUGUGCCAGAUGAGGAGUCACAGCACUCGUCUGUCUCGCUAAUGUUUUCAUUGUCUGUUGCAGCUCUGCUUUCUGCUCUUUAUUUCAGCAGGGAAAGUCUGUACAUGCUCAGAUCAGACCCUUCUGUGAUCCUCAACAAGAUUUGGGCUUAUUUACCAUCACACGCAUAGGGAUCAUGAAACAUGACAUACUGUAUCAUAUAAAAUCUGAUAAAAGCAGGUGAUCUUUGAUUAUGGUCAAUUUAGCUAUGAGAUCGAUGAAGUGUCUUAUUGCUUUCCAUAAAAUUCCUUUGUUUGCAUUGAUACAGUAAAGUCUACUGAUCUGAAGACAUUUAAUAGAGCCUGUUUCUAAUAUGAUCACCAAAAAAAGUUUAAUUUCACCAGUUAAUUGUACAUUUUAAAGUUGUAGAUUGUACUUCUUGUAUCUCAGUACCAAGUCCAGCAUAAUCUCAAAAUUGUUUCUGCAGAUGUUAGCGUGUGAGCCUGUAAUGGUAUGCUUUGUAUGCAUUUUUUAUCAGUUGCAAUGAGUUUAAAGGCUACAUAUUUCACAGUACUCCUUCACUGGUUAAGCAUUGACCGCUGGUUCCAACCCUAUUUUAACCCAAUGAAAUGUUUCUUUGAGUGUCACUUGCCACUAUCCAGCUAUACUCAUUUUUUACAUCUUGAAAAGGUACAGUACAAUGAAAAUAUUUUUUAAUUUUUUGGCAUAAUUGAAUGGAAAUGCUUUUUAUAACAGAUUUGUUAACAGUGUUAAGUGACCUUAUGACAUGUAAUGUAAAUGUGUAAACCUGUUGUUUAAUGUAAAACAGUGUAGUCUCUGUUAUCACAAGACAUACAUAUUUGUAGCUUAUUGCUUAUUUGUUAGAGUUGGUGGGACAAGUUUUAAAUAUAAAAGCAUUGUUAUAAAAGCAAGAUUUUGAUCCCCCAUCUACAAAACAGUGUAUUGCUCAAACAUUUUCAUCAAAAAUUUUGCAUUUAAAAUUUUUAUGUAUCUUACAGAAAUGCAAAAUAAAAUGAACAAGGUAAUCAA